AUAUAGCCGAAAGUACCCAAAACAAAAGCCAAAACCAUAUUCUCUUGCAGCAAGCAACUGGCAUCGACGCCCGCCCUUGAGACUUGAGAACCAGCACAAGCCAGAGGAGGAGGCCACAGUGACCCAAUCCAAAGUCGGCGAAGACCUCUAUAUAUAUAUAGCUUAGGCCUAGGGCACAACAGAGCCGAACCAAACAUGGCGCAUAGAAUGCUCAGAGAUCUGGAGGCCGAUGGCUGGGAACGCUCCGACUUCCCCAUCAUCUGCGAGUCUUGCCUCGGUGACAAUCCCUAUGUUCGCAUGACAAAAGCAGACUUUGAUAAGGAAUGCAAGAUUUGUACACGACCGUUUACAGUUUUCAGGUGGAGGCCUGGUCGUGAUGCCAGAUUUAAAAAAACUGAAAUUUGCCAGACAUGCAGUAAGUUGAAAAAUGUUUGCCAAGUUUGCCUUUUGGAUCUUGAAUACGGUUUGCCGGUACAGGUUCGAGACACUGCUCUGUCAAUCAAUUCCAAUGAUGCCAUUCCCAAGAGCGAUGUGAAUAGGGAGUAUUUUGCUGAGGAGCAUGACCGCAGGGCUAGAGCUGGUUUAGAUUAUGAAUCGUCAUAUGGAAAGGUUCGCGCAAAUGACACCAUUAUGAAGCUUCAAAGAACAACGCCGUAUUACAAAAGAAAUAGAGCGCAUGUCUGCAGUUUCUACAUAAGGGGUGAAUGCACAAGAGGUGCUGAGUGCCCUUACAGACAUGAGAUGCCCAUAACUGGGGAGUUGUCACAGCAGAAUAUUAAAGAUCGUUACUAUGGAGUGAACGAUCCGGUUGCAAUGAAGCUACUCAACAAGGCAGGAGAGAUGCCUUCUCUGGAACCUCCUGAGGAUGAGAGCAUCAGAACCCUCUACGUUGGUGGGCUUAAUGAAAGGGUCACAGAGCAGGACCUGAGGGAUAACUUCUAUGCCCAUGGUGAAAUUGAAUCCAUAAGGAUGGUGCCCCUACGAGCUUGUGCUUUUGUAACCUACACAACCAGAGAAGGUGCAGAGAAGGCUGCAGAAGAGCUCUCCAACAAACUGGUCAUAAAGGGUCUGAGGCUGAAGCUGAUGUGGGGUAGACCUCAAGCACCAAAACCAGAGUCAGAGGGCUCAGAUGAAGCAAGGCAGCAGCCUGCAGUGGCUCAUAGCGGGAUGUUGCCUCGGGCAGUUAUAUCCCAGCAGCAGAGCCAAUUACAGCCACCUGGCACUCUGGACCAAAACCAACCUAUGCAUUAUUUCAAUAUUCCACCUCCUCCUCAGCAGGAGAGAGCUUUUUAUCCGUCAAUGGAUCCUCAAAGAAUGGGUGCCGUUAUUCCAUCACAUGAGGGGGCUUCCACUGGGCCCACAGGGUCAGGUGAGAACAAAUCUGGGCCUGAGAAGCAGCAGCAAGGCCAUCAUUAUCCCUAUCAAGGUAUGCCACCACCACAUGGGCAAUAUCAUCAGCAGUUCUAUCCUCCAUAUGGAUAUAUGCCGCCAAUGCCACCUUAUCAGCAAUACCCUCCACCAUAUCAUUCAGCAAUACCCACUCCACAGCCUCCACCAAUGAACCAGCCUUAUCAGCAUUCUGCACCACCAGGGUCUGGUACACACCCAGGAUCUGCACCAUCAGGAUCUGCUACUCACCCAGGGUCUACAUCAGGAUCUGCACCACCAGUGUCCACCCAGGCAGGGUCUGGACCAUCGGGAUCCUCAACUCCCGGGUCAUCUCAGCAGUGAAACAUUUUUCCCCUUGUAUUUUCUUUUUAACUUUUGGUUAUAAGUAAUGCACUUCUCAUGAAGUUGACUAAACUGGCUCGCAUCUUGGAUUCAAAGAUGCUUCUACUUUCAAGCAUUCCAGAGUUGUAUUUUAUAUCUCAUGAUAUGUGCAUUAUAACUAUUGGCUCC